ACAGCCACUGGGUUAAAUAUGCUGAAACGAAAUGUCAGACAUUAAAAACGAAAAGAAAAACUGCCACAUGCAACAACAGCAGCUGCAAAAAAAACUUGUUAUUUUCUACAAAACAAAGAGGAAGUUUCUGUGCGAGGCGUCUUUGAGACGCAGAAGAAAGCAGAAGGGUCAUAAAGAACAUGAGAAACAGGAAGGAUGGUGUGGGUAUAUAUGUGCAUGUAUGUGUUAGUGUGAUUUUGACUCUGUGGUCUGUUUCUGGGUCGAUUGUUUCUCAUAGACAGCUUCCUCCUCGGCCGAGCACCAGUCUGCUACGAAGACGCCACACGGCCGGACGUCCAGACUGCAGCAGGCUCGGCUGCAGCCAUGAGUCGCCGGCGGAUCUCGGUCAAAGAUCUGGGGGCGUUGGACUGCCAGGGCUGGCUUCUCCGCAGGAAGGGGGGCCGCAGUUUCCUGGGAAGCAAAUGGAAGAGAUACUGGUUUGUCCUGAAGAAGAGUUCCCUGUACUGGUACACCAGCCAGAUGGAUGAAAAACAGAAGUCGAUAAGAUCUCAGCGAGAAAGAAACUGGUCCACGCUCGAGAGCAAACAGCCGAUAAUGAGCCAAGACUAUGACCGCAUAGUUCACACAGGAACAAGCACACAGAGUGUGAGCGAUUAG